AUGCGUCAAACUCUCCGUCGGUCCUGUGAUACGUGUGCCAAAUCAAAACACAGUUGCGAUCUACGCACACCGCGCUGUUCGCGUUGCGUCAAGCGCAAGAUCCUGUGCGUAUAUGUGAACGAACCCUUGACGGCGCCGGCGCCGCCACGGCCGGCUGUUCCGGGGUCGAAUGACACCAACUCUGCGAGGCAUCACCAUGGAUCUGGCGCUUUGACCAGCUACAGAUUCGGAUCGCUCGACCCCUUCGAUUCAUAUCCCCAGACGAGACUUCCUAGGGAGCAUGUUCAGCGUCUUAUCCAUAGCUUUCGACACAAGAUCGCCUUCCAAUACUACCCUCUCGACUUGAACGCAAGCUCAAACCCGUUCCUCGUCUCUUGGUGGCCGCUUGCUCUGGGCGACCCUGCCUUGUUUCACGUCUCAUUACAGACAGCAUGCCUAGAUGAAGAGUUACUUGCUCAAAAGGGCUUCCAAGCAUCCGAGAUCCUCAUGGCCGAUUCGGUGGCGCUACUUAGACGAAAGGUUGAAAAUACAACACUAGCUUUACAAGACGGGACUAUGAAUUCCGUUAUUACCCUUGCAGCUAUCGAAUUUGGGAAAGGAAAUGUCAAGAUUAGCCAAAUGCAUGUAGACGGAGCAACAAGGCUUGUAAAUCUCAGAGGUGGAAUAAACUCAGUGAGACAAACUAGUCCGCUAACUGCCAGAAUGGUGAGCUGGGUUUCAAUGAUCGUCAAAGGUCAUCCUCAAUUCGAAACACAAGAUGAUGAUGGUGUCGGUCAUGGCAUACCUCCCAUCCCCGAAUGGCAGCUGGAGGCCAACCAUCUUGAUGAUGACUUGUUCAACCUUACCGACCUCAAUGUCGACUAUCCGGUCGAAAAUGUCUUUUACCGUCUUCGUAAUGUCUUUCAAAGGGCACGGCGAACACCCUUUCCAACAACACGGCUUCACGACCUGACAUGCUUCGUGAUACACCGACUCUUACUCUCAGCGCCAAACUUAACAACUGCGUCAACAUCACCAAUAACUGAAUGCAUCCGCUAUGCUAUCAUUCUAUACAUGUUCACCAUUCACGGGCCAACGUACUACUCACAUGCAGUCAUUUUAAAUGCCAUGGUCACCAGAUUCAUGGAACAACUUAAACAACGUAGUUUAACCCCUCAACCAUCUAGUUCACUCGAUGUCUGGUUUUGCGCCAUCGGGAUGGUUGCAGCAACUGGUACUUCUCAAUACCACUUUUUUGUUGAAACGGCACUGGAGGUAGUUACCUCUCUUGAGUUGAAAAGUUGGGAUGAAAGUCUCGUUCACAUCAAAAACGUAUUGUGGUUGGAGACGCCGCAGGGCGAAGAUAUUUUCAGUCCUCACUGGCAUGCUAUUUUCGGCUCGGAUAAUGGACUUGAUUCAUCACGAAAAUUGUUUGUGCCAGUUUCAACAAAUGCAAUAGCAGUAGGAUUUCGAUAA